AUGUUGAUCGAGGACCAACGAUUCCUCCAUGAAGACCUCGAGAGGUUGGAGCAAGCCGUUGCUGAUCGCGUGGCGGAGAAACCGCGAAACAUCCGCGAAGAACUUGCUCGCGACCAUGAGCUUGCGAAACUCCUGGACCGAAUCGAGGAACAGUCCAAGAGGUUACUGGAGAUCUACAAGGAUGCGGACGGACUACGCGAGAAGGAAGUGCAGUCGAUUGCGACGGGAGAUCAGUUUGAAGAAUUCUACAAACAGCUUGAUGACAUCAAGGGUUUCCACAAGCGGUACCCGAACCAACCUGUCGACAACCUCGAGCGGGCAUACAAGCGCCGACAGCCCGGCGAAGGCGAGGUGUACGGCAUGCAAAUCGACAACAUGUUCACUGGUGAGGAAGGUUUCGGACAGUACUUCGACUUGACCACGAUUCACGAAGAUUACCUGAACCUGCCCAGCGUGAAGCGGUUGAAUUAUAUCCAAUAUCUUGAUAUCUUCGACGUUUUCACUCCCCCGGCCAUGAUGAUUAAACGGAAAGACAAGCUUUCCGACAAAUAUUUCCGCUAUGUGGGCGAGCUCGCCACCUACCUGGAAAGCUUUAUCAGGCGAGCUCGACCCCUGGAAGACCUGGACAAGUUAUUUGGGAGCUUCGAUGAGGAAUUCGACAAACAGUGGGCGGCGAAGGAGGUUCCCGGCUGGACGGAAGAAAAGGUUGAGAACGGAGCCUCUGACCCUAAAACUGAAGGGACAGGCGAAGGAAUAUGGUGCCCAGAUUGCGAGAGGGAGUUCAAGAACGAGAACGUCUACCGGAAUCACUUGACGGGCAAGAAACAUAUUCGAGCUGCGGAGGCUCGCAAAGCCUCGGGCGCUUCGGGCGAGAAGCCCUCAGGGUCAAUGAGCAAUGGCUCAUCUUACAGCUUGAAGGAGCGUGCUGUUGCUGAACGUGAGCACCGCGUACGAUGCUUGGCGAAGACGCUCAAAGACCAUCGACAAGCCACCAGGACCAACGUGGAGCGGAGACAGGGAAUGACGGAACGUGAACGCCAAAUGGAACUUGAGGCCUUGAUGGCCGAGCCCGAGAGUUUUGCGGAAGGCCAGGCAGGAGAGCAUUCCGACGACGAUGAUGACGAGGACAAGAUCUACAAUCCGUUGAAGUUGCCUUUGGCCUGGGAUGGCAAGCCCAUCCCAUACUGGCUCUACAAGCUCCAUGGUCUUGGAGUCGAGUAUCAGUGUGAGAUCUGCGGUAACCACACCUACAUGGGUCGUCGGGCAUUCGAUAAGCAUUUCUCUGAAGCUACACACAUUCACGGGUUGAAGUGCCUGGGCAUCACAGCAAACACCAACCUCUUCCGCGAGAUCACUAGCAUUGACCAGGCCAUACAGCUUUGGAACUCGUUGGAAGCCGAACGCAAGAAGGAGCGGGAUGCCCGCGACAACGUUGUGCAGAUGGAGGAUGCCGAGGGCAACGUUAUGCCAGAGAGGAUCUAUCUUGAUCUUCAAAAGCAGGGCAUUCUCUAA